GCCGCAAAAUAAUCCUGUCUUAAAAAGCACCGCCGGCAUUUCCAGCGUUCCUAAACCUCGGGACGGCUCCAACCCCUCGGUGCCCUAAUUCCUGCAACGAUGAGAAGAACCUCCCGCUUCCUCUCAUGCAGCUCUAUACUGGAGAGAGCCACUAAUGUAAAGGAUUCUUUCUGGUUGACUAGUCAACAUAGUAUUACGACUUCUGGACCAGAUCUUGUGAAUGAUGGUAUGGAUUUCAAUCAGAAGUCUGGUUGCCUUUCCAACUUAACAGACAAAUGCAUUGAUUUACCACCAUUUUCUCCUACAGGAAGCUCCUCAGUUAGACGGAAGGCAGAAUACGCUCUUUAUAAGGGAAAAGCUGCCUUGUCAGUGUCACCAGUUCUUCCAACUUUCCGUGAAGUGGAUUCUGGGGUUUCUAGAGUAUAUAAAAAAGGCUGUGUUAUCUUGACAUUUUGGCCUGCCGUUGGUGUAAGAAAGUAUGAUUGGCAAAAGAAGCAGGCCUUUGCUCUGUCACCUACUGAAGUUGGAAGCUUGAUUGGCCUGGGACCUGCUGAAUCUUGUGAAUUUUUCCAUGAUCCCUCAAUGAAAUCAAGCCUUGAAGGCCAGGUGAAGAAAUCACUAUCAAUUUCCCCAAUGAAAGAUAAAACUGGAAUUCUUCUAAACUUUUCUGUUGUAAAUAACAUCCAGAAGACAAAUGAGCGGUUCUCUGUUCCAGUUACAAAGGCUGAGUUCACAGCAAUUCGUACAGUGUUAAGUUAUGUAUUGCCGCAUAUCAUGGGUUGGACCCAGGCUGCAAGCCCACAACCGCCAAGCACCGCAACACAUACUCCAAAAGAGCAGAUUGAGGAGCGGCCUGAUCCAUCUCUCGAGUGGGGAAGGUAAAUCAGAGCUCGGUUUUCCGGCAUAGCCUUCUCUGGCAGUAAAGAAACGAUGGUGCUGAACACUUGUCGGUGUAAAACUCCCACUGCUGGAUGCUGAGUUUGAUGUUUGAACUUGUUGGACAAUGGGAUGUGGUUCACGGGAAUGGUGUUUUAUGUUUUGGAUUGGAUCUCCCGUAUCGUAACUGCAACUUGUCUUAAACUGUGGCUGCCAACUGGACCUGCAAAAAACUUUUUUUGUGAUCUGCAGAAAACUUUGUGUCAUGCUUGAGAGGACGAACAGGCAUAUCUCAGAUCUAAAGUUUUUUGCAUCAAACUUAAAUUGCUGAAGUUAAGUACUGCUUCAUUGCUAUUGAGAAUGGAUGAUAGGAGUCAUGCUAUAUUUCUGGUA